AAGCCCCACCAGUUCAAUAAUUAACCCAAAUCAUAACCCAGUUUCUCUCCAUUCCCAUGUUCUUCCAUAUUCAAUCCUUGAAAAAAUGAAGACAUCUACCUCUCUAACCUUCAUCUUUCUUGGUUUCCUGAUAACCCAGUUGAGUUUUGUGCAAUCUGAUGCUAAUAUAAUAGCCCAAACUUGCAAGCAGACACCGUACUACAACCUCUGCGUAAGCUCUCUCAGCUCGGAUCCUGCAAGCUCCAGGGCAGAUGUUCGUGGACUAGCCCUCAUAAUGAUUAAUAUGGUGAAGGCAAAAGCAACCAUUUCAGUGCAGUUGAUCAAUCAGCUGUUUAAGAAGAGCCCAAGGCUGAAGAAUCCUUUGAGUUUUUGUGCUGAAAGUUACUCUGCAAUUUUAAGUGCAGAUAUACCAGAAGCCCUUGAAGCUUUGCAGAAAGGGGUUCCCAAAUUUGCACAAAAUGGAGCUAAUGAUGCUGCAAAUGAAGCCAAUUUGUGUGAAGCUAAUUUUCAUGGGAAGUCUCCCCUUACUAAAUUUAACAAAAUUGUGCAUGAUACUUCAGUUAUUGCUUCUGCUAUUAUUCAGCAAUUACUUUGAUAAUAUAUACACACACAAUCAUCUUUCCUUUUUUCUUGAUGAACACCAUUUCUGUAUCAAUAAAGCUUGUUUAGAAUGAAAGAUCUUUCUCUUGCAGCUUUUGAA